ACGCGCGCCCCGCAGCCGAAGCCGCUCCAGGAGCCUCACGUCGCUGACGGACGGCGAGGACGCCGUCGGACACAACCGCCUGACGAACCACUUCCGGAUCCUGGAGAUCAACGGCAGCCAGGGCAGCCUCAGCCAGGGCCCCGAGUCGAGCGCGGGCUCGUCGGCGGACUCGUGCAGCGGCUGGGACGCGGUGGACUCGGUGUGCGACAUCAGCCUGGUGGAGCGCCUCAUCCGCUCGCACCCCGUCUGGUUCCUGCCCGGCAUCCAGCGCGCCGGCGCCGUGCACCUGCUGCAGGCCAAGGAGGAGGGCAACUUCGUGGUGCGGCAGUCCAGCCAGGCCGCCACCAUGGCCAUCUCGGUGCGCCUGCCGCCCCUCAAGGGGCCCUACAUCGAGCACUACCUGGUGCAGGCCAACGAGAACGGCCAGCUCAGCCUGGAGAGCUCCGACAACCGCUUCGACUCCAUUCCCCAGCUCAUCGCCCACUACUGCCAGUGCUGCGACGAGCUACCCGUUCAACUGACGCUGCCUCGCGCCGUUCGCGAGGCGAGGAACAGACAACAGCUCACUUCACUGGCUCUACUCGGGCAAGAGUUUUGGCGGUACCCCAUGGCGAACCCCCGGCCCCCGGACGCGUCCAACGACGCGGCCGCCGACAGCCAGGGCGUCACGAUCCGCAGCAGCGGCAGCAACAGCCAGGCCAGCAGCCUCAGCAGCCUCGGCAGCGGCCACAACCAUCCCGCCGCUGCCGGGCUGGACGCCGACGGCCACGGCGACUCCAUCGUCCUGAACCUGGCCCCGCUGGCGUACUCCCCCGACUCGCAGCCCCCUAGUCUGAUGAGCACGUUCAAGGGCGGUUCCACCCCCAGCUCUGCCGCCCCCAGCGAAGGUAUCGCAAGCCCCACCAUGGGCCUGGGCGCGAGCGCGCUCGCCCUGGGGCUCGGCGGCCUGGGCCCCACCUCGCCGACAGGCCCGCCGACAGGUACGGGGCAGACGUCGACCUGCUCCUCCAUCACGUGUUCCUCCACGACAACUACUGCCGCCGCUUUCUGUCGUGCACAGCGCCCCACACCUCCCAACACCCUGAACCUUGUGCCCGCCACGGCCACGGCCUCGGCCACGGGCCCGGCCUCGGCCUCGGCCACUGCGCAAGGUCCGCGGUCCGCGUCCGCCAGCCCGGCGCAGGGUGUGCUGACGCCGAGCACCCUCGGGGGCAAGACCCCGCCCCCGCCCCCUCCCCGCUGGGCCAAGCCUUCUCUAGCUCUAAGUCAAACCCCCACCGCUUCAGAAGGCCACGACCUGACCCCGCCCCCCAAUCUCGAGUCCAAGAGGCCGUCGCUGGAGUCGGACGGGCUGCACACGCUGUCGUCGCACAGCAGUGUGAGCAACCUGACCGAGUCGCAGUCGCUGUCCCUCUCCCUCUCCCAGUCGCAGUCGCUGUCGCUCGGGCAGCAGGCGCAGCCCCAGCAGCCCCGCAGCCACGGCCCCAGCCAGGUGACGUCGCCGUCGACGCCCAGCGAGUCCCUCAGCAAGUCCAUCGGGCGCGGCAGCCGCCGGCACCGCGCCAGGAAGGAGUCGAACCACUACCAGGAGUCCGACAUCCUGGAGUCGCCCACGGUGUACUACCACAGCUCGCUGGCCGACAAGCAGAGCGACUACGAGGACAUCUGGCAGCAGGAGAUGAGCACGUUCAAGCCGCAGGGCUCCAGGGCGCCGUCCAGGUCGUCGCCGUUCUCCUCGCCUGAGGACAUGAGCGUCGGCUCCGGCCACCAGCGGCAGCCCGACCUGCUGGAGCGGGUGGGCACGCCGAUCGUACCAGAACCGACCCAGAACCUGUUCCACCAACGCAACCGCCUGGGCCUGGCGCUCACCGUGUCGCAGUCCUGCGGCAACCUGACGCCCACCAACGGCAGCCCCGUGACCCCCGCCAACCGGUCGCCGCCCCUGGACACGGGCGCGCCGCACACACCGCACACACCAAACGGCAACGCGCCGCCCGCCAAGCAGGGCAGCCCGUUCUACGCCGAGCCCGCGGACGCCAUCAAGCAGACCGGCCUCGUGGCGCGCAGGAGACCCAGGCCGCCGGGCUACCCGGCGGCGUCCAGGGUCGCGCAGAGGCACUCCGACCCCGCGCCCUUCCAGCAGUGGCCCUCCGUCACCGGCGGCCGCAUCCUGGAGAGGAUAGACUCCUCGGAGGAGCUGACCAACAUGUCGUCCUCCGCGGACAACCUGGCCAUGCUGCGCAACUCGCGGAGCAGCGGCAGCAUCGCCAGCAUCCUAGUGAACAACAACAUCAACAACAGCAAUAGUGUCAACAACAACCGGCCGAGGGCCAAGCCCGUACAGCCCCCCAGGGUGCGCUCCGGGAAGCUCAGUGAUAACUCGUGGGCCGUGGACUCCAGCUGGGAGUUUAUCGGCAACGACGACGAGAACGAGGGCCCCCGUGAGCAGAGCAGGGACGCCGACGACAACGAACGCCGCUUCCCCUCGCUGGAGCAGCAGGUCACCAGGCUGGACGGCGACCAGGGCGGCCAGGACGCGCCCGUCGUCACCGUGCAGGACAUCAUCCUGCAGAGGAUACCCGAGCUGCGCGCGCUGCCCGAGGUGGUGCCCAAGGACCGCAACGGCAACGGCCUGGUGCUGGGCGACCGGGAGGGCAGCGCCGUGUCCGCGGCCACCGUCACCAGCACCAGGAUGUCGUCGUACGACAACGUGGAGGGGCAGUCGCGGCACCAUGGCUCGCACCACGGAUCUCACCACGGGUCGCACCACGCCUCGGACAACGAGGACGCCCUCACCGAGUUCUCGGAGCCGUGGGACACGUCGAGGUGGGACAGCCUGCUGCGGCGGUCGGAGACGCCGGACACGUCGCGGCUGUCGAGCUGCGCGCCCGAGGACGACGACGACAACGCGGCGACGCACGGCGGCCUCGACGAGCCGCCCCGCCACCCCGGCAUCCCCAGCGCCGCGCUGAUGCGCCAGCAGGCCUCGCGCGGCGCCAGCCUGGCCAGCAUCGGCAGGAACAAGAGCUUCAAGGACCGCCUGGACCCGCUGCUGUCGCCCCCGCGGCUGCACGCCCUGCGGUCCCGCGACUCGGCCGGCCCCGGAGCCUCGAUCCGCGCCUACGCGCUGCACCUGGCCGCCGACAAGAGCACCACCUUCGCGCAGAACGUGGACAACUUCAUCGCGUGCACCAAGGAGUCGCGCGAGACGCGGCCGCAGGUCGUGAUGCGCAACAUGCGCCAGUUCAUGUCCGGCAUGAAGAACUACCUCGUCAAGCACGGCGAGCGCGAGUUCGACGGCCAGGUGGAGAAGGAGAGGGGCAAGCUCAAGGCGAACGAGUUCCUGAACCUGGACGCCAUCCUGGAGGGAGUGAUGCACAAGCUGGUGGUGCGCCCCCUCAAGGAGCACCUCUACAAGCUCUUCGUGGAGGAGUACACGCGUUCAGGGGCCAUCCAACUCUUGGCCGAGAAUAUCCAGUACGCUCGCACCAAACCUCUACACGAACUUGGAAUUCGGUCCAAGAUAAUCCCACCUACAGAGAAGAGCUUGGAGACCAUCUGUCACUUCCUUCGACGACUUCAAGAAGUUGAUUCUCCAUUGGAGAAGCUGGAAAAUCUUCUUACCUGCAUCUCAGCCAUUUUCAAUUCGGUGAAGUCCUCGAAUGCAGGUCGAGGCUGCGUCACUCUUGGCGCCGAUGACUUCCUGCCUCUGUUUGUGUGGGUUUUGGUGCAGAGUGGAAUGAUGGGUGCGGAAAUAGAAGCGGAAUACAUGUGGGGGCUUCUGCACCCAUCCCUUCUCUCCGGAGAGGGUGGAUACUACUUGACCACUCUAUCGUCGGCUGUCCAUGUUCUGAAAAAUUUUAGAGCAUGCUCAGAAGAACAGAGCCGUUCUGUGGGCAUUGGUCAAAGCCUCGAUUGGGGCAGUGGACCUCUUACAGAGUUCCGUUCAGUUCUCAAGAUUGUGGUUCCUGAUGAACUUCACGGAUCUAUUAUAACUAAAACAUUACCAGUGAGACCAAACAUGACAACUAGAGAAGUAUGCAAGAUUAUUGCACACAAAGCCCGCAUUACCAACCCACAGGACUACGGCUUGUUCAAGCUUGUUGAUGGAGAAGAAACCUUGCUCACAGAUGCAGAGUGUCCUCAGGAUGUCAAAGGGGGAGUUUCUCAAGCAGGAAAACACUGCAUGUUUGCCUAUAAGCGAAUUGAUGCAAAAAUUGCAUGGCCAAGAACUGCCUCGCCAAUGCACUAAAUCUGUUGUUAUAUUGGGUACUUCUAAACAUAAAUAUUGUGAUCACUUAAAAUUUUCAACAACCCUCAAAAACAAAUUGUAUUACUCCUGUGGUAAAUGUAUAAAUAAUUUUUGCCUUUCAAGCAUUAGUAAGCAUUUCAUUGCAUCUUCAGUAAUGUACCUCCACUUAAUUUUCUAUUUCUGCAAUGAUGAGAUUUAAUUGUAAGCAGUAUUAAGAGCUGUGACAUUUUCCCCCUCAUUCUAAAUCGAAACCAAAAUCUGUUUACUGCUUUUUCUUAAAUUUCCUUAACUAGGUUCCAUGGGAGUAGAAAGAAAUUCUACCUACUGUCACUUGUGUGUGCCAUUUAAAAUUCUAAGGUCUAUGUAUGAUUUGUUAGUAUGUCUGUGUCAAAUCUUUCUGAAAGUUUAAACUGUGUUGCGGCAGAAAUAGGGAUAAAUUUGGUGAAAAUAGUGCAACAUCUCUAUCUUAUGUAUAAAUAUUCAUUAAACUAAAUUAUUGUAUGUGACUUUACUGUGUAAAUGUUAUGUGUAAAUUCUAUGGUUUACUUUUGUUCAACUAGACUGUGAUUAACUGUAUAUAUAAAUGUAUUCAUAUGUUAAGUGUUUAAAAUUUUUGUAUUAUAUAAAUACUUUUGUUAUGUGUGCUCAAAUGAACCAUUACUGCAGAUUUCAUCCGGCUCAUUUUAACUGAAUAGUCAUUCACAAGAAUUGGCAUGUAAUCACACUUCUAGUUGCUCCUCCCAGAGUGCUAUGUCAAGUAUUUUGUAAAUAUUUGUUGUUGGUCAUAUUUACUGGGAGUGUUCUAGAAAUAGAGUGCAUGUGAUGUAAACCAUUCAUCCUGUUUGUCCGUGCAAUGUUUCAUUAGAGAUUGUCAAUGGGAACAUAAUCAUACUCUAUAUGGUGUAUUUUUAAUAAAUUUAUUUUUCCUAUGAUUUAGACUUGAAUGCUUUUGAAUUUGACUUAAGAAAUGUUCGAAGGCACGUGCACUGAUUAUCUUAUUUAUGCCUCUUGUGUUGAGUGAGACCAAAUUUUACUAUUUGAUACUCUAAGUGGUUUCAUUCAGUACAAAAAAAAAAAACUUCUGCAAGUUCUCAACAGUGAUUCUGACCAGUCAAACCAUCUUUUCCUAUUUCUUCAAAAAAGGAGAAAUAUUGUUGGACCUCAUAUUACUUAUCAACUUUUCUCUUUAACUUGUCCUUUUUUUAAGUAAACAGUCUUAAAGCUCUUUUACUAAUGAACCAACUAAUUUCAAGAUUCCUCUAUUCUUGCUUACCAAUGACUAAGUUUUAACUAAUUAUACAAAUUUCAAUUCAUAUGUUAAGAUAAUGUGUCUGCUUUUUUUUGUUAUUGUUGUUGUGUACAUAGCAAUUUACUAAUAUGCUAGUCAUGAAGACUUCAGAGAUGGAGUAAGAGUAGUUAUAAAUUUCAAAAAUAGAUGCCAUACUUGAUCAAACAGCUGUCACACUGUAUGAAUCAAAUUGACAUUGUAUUGUUAAAGCCCAUUGUACCACAUUAUUCAUCUGGGUGCGAGGAGACGUAAUCUUGUAAUCAUUUUGCAAGUGAAUAUACUCUUUUCCACAGC